CUUCAUGCUCUUGAAGUAGGGGUGUUAAAAAAAAUAUUAUCCUCUGAUUUUUUUUUCCCACUAUAAAUACCUGGCAGUAGCGGUCAAGGUCUAGAUUCAGCUAGCGCUCGAAGCCGAGUCGCAAAUCGGAUCUUGCGAUCUCGUCACAGUUAGAAUCAAUCCAAUUCCAUUUUCCAGUGAUUUCACCAAAUCUUCACCAUGGGGGACUUCAACAACGAUCCUCUCAUGCGCAACCAAAACGCCGCCGUUCAAGCUCGUACCAAAGCCCAGAAUCGCGCCAACGUCCUUCAACUCAAGCUGAUUGGACAGAGUCAUCCUACUGGCCUCACCGCGAAUUUGCUGAAGCUGUUUGAACCUAGGCCUCCAUUGGAAUACAAACCUCCUCCAGAGAAAAGAAAAUGUCCUCCGUUAACAGGGAUGGCGCAAUUUGUCACCAAGUUUGCUGAGCCUGGUGAACCAGAAUAUUCUCCGCCUGUGCCAGUGGUUGAAACUCCUGCAGAAAGAAGGGCCAGAGUGCACAAGUUAAGACUUGAGAAAGGAGCUGCGAAAGCUGCUGAGGAGCUUGAGAAAUAUGAUCCACAAAGUGAUCCAAAUAUAUCAGGAGAUCCAUACAAGACUUUAUUUGUGGCCAGACUUAGUUAUGAGACUACUGAGAGCAGAAUCAAAAGGGAGUUUGAGUCAUAUGGUGCAAUCAAACGGGUUCGACUGGUUACUGAUACUGAGUCAAAUAAGCCCAGGGGUUAUGCAUUCAUUGAAUACCUGCACACAAGAGACAUGAAAGCUGCUUAUAAACAAGCUGAUGGUAGGAAAAUUGAGGGUAGAAGGGUGCUUGUGGAUGUUGAACGUGGUAGGACUGUUCCAAAUUGGCGACCCCGUCGUCUAGGUGGUGGGCUAGGUACUACUAGAGUGGGGGGCGAAGAAGUUAAUCAGCGACAUUCAGGGAGGGAGCAACAGCAGUCAGGACCUUCUCGUUCUGAAGAACCCAGAGUGCGAGAGGAUCGACAUGUUGAUCGGGACAGAGAAAAGUCACGUGAAAGAGGUAAGGACAGAGAACGUGAGCGGUCACGUGAACGAUCUAGCGAUAAGGCUAGGGAUCGUGAUCAUAGAGAGGACAGGCACCACAGAGACAGGGACCGGGAUAGGAAUAGGGACAGAGACAGAGGUAAGGAGAGGGAAAGGGAAAGAGACCGUGGACGUGAUCGAGAGAGAGGACGUGACCGUGAUCGUGGCCGGGAACGUGAUCGUGAUAGAGACGUAGAACAUGAUCGUUAUCGCGAAAAAGAUAAGGAUUAUGAAGUUGGGGAAACUGGCCGGGGACGGUCCCAUGAUAGGGGAACUGAUUAUGAUCAUGUUGAUUCUAAACAUGAGAAGGAACCUCAUGGUGAAAGAGAGCGAGACUAUGAUGAUCAUCGUGGGCGGUACAGUCAACCUGGGCAUGGACACAGGCAUGCAGAUCCUGAACAUGAUCCUGAUCAGUAUGAGCAUUAUGAGCAUCAUAGAGGACGGGGGCAGUACGAUGAAGGAGAUGACCAUGGUGAUUACAAUCAACAUCCUGAUCCUGCUAAGAUUGAAGAUGACCUUCCUACUGAACGAGCAAAAUCUAAAUCACGUGACAGGGACAGAAACCGUGAUACGGACCGUGAUUAUCAUCGCUCAGAGAGGUCCCAUUCUCGAGAAUAUGAUUACUAGAAACUUGAGCACAAUACUUCUCAAUUUCACUGUUGCUUUUAAUAGGUUCAGGCAUGGAGUGAUCAAAGCACAACAAAGGAACUUAUUGCCCCGCCAUCCUUGUUUACUUGUUUUUAAUGUUUGAUGUUGAAAGCUACUGCUACAGCUUUGGUGAUCUCAGAUUCUCAGUAUGGCCAUGGGCUGCUAAUGUUGUUGGUUUUGUUUUUCAUAAAAACAUUGUCAGAAACAAAUUUUUUCUUCAUAUUUUGUGGGAACUAAUGUCUGGAUUUUACUUCAUCUUUUGGUCUUUUGGUGUUGCUCGGAACUACAUGAGUUUGACAAGUGUUGCUUAUGUAUUAUUACAUUAGGUUACAAGACCCUUUAUUAGAUGUUGAGAAAUGAAGGUCUAUCUUCAAUAAGUAAUUGUUUUCUUAUACUGGAAAGUGAUGUUGCAAAAUAUUUGACAGUUGCAAACUUGAGUUUUUAAAUUUUCUCCCCUCUUCAA